GGGCCGAAAUGUGAUGUUCUGUUUUGGGCCUGUAAUUGCUUCAAGCGCCUCUCUAGUUCGGCCCACCUGAUUCGGCCGGCGAGCUCCACCCGUAGUUUCUUCGCUGGCCGAACCGCGAUUUUCGGUCUUUCCCACUCUCGCUGGAGCUCGGAGCUCCCGCUGCCAGGCUCGCUCUCCGUUUCUGUCUCAAAGAUCCUUCUUUUUAUGUCCAUCGGCAUAUGUUCUUCCCUUUCUCGGAGAUUGCUUGCCUUCUGUGUGAGAAAUCUCUGCAUCUCUGUUUCUGGGCAUUCGACUUCUCCGAGGUCUCUCAGAGGUUGGGAGCGGAUUGGCUUAGCUGCUGGUUCUGAACUCAAAGAACUGGAACUAAAGAUGGCAAUGGUUUCCUCAACGUUGACCAGAGUUAAAGCAUACGCGUUGCCUUUGAUUCUUUUCACGGGAGCCAUGUUUUUCCAGCUCAUUGUUAUUCCUCAAAGCUUCCCUCGAUCUCACUAUGAUGUACUGGGUGUUAGAAUGUAUGCUUCUGUCGAGGAGGUGGAAGAGGCCUAUGAGAAGCUCUCGUCGAAGUGGAAGUCAGACACUGACUCAUCAAAUUCAUUUGAUUUUGUAAAGGUUCGCUAUGCAUAUGAGUUGCUGACAAAUCCUAUAUGGAAGAGAAAUUACGACAUAUUCGAAAUUGAAGAGCAGCCCCAUGUUAUUGAAGAAGCUAAACAGCGAUUUGCCGGAAAAAGAUUCUCUGAUGUUCAGCUUCCAUUGUUAGAUGAUGCUUCUGUUCAGGGGGAGGACAAUUUCAAUGCUAUUACUGCUGAGGACUUCCAGCUUAUUCUCCAAUCAGACAAGCCAUCAAUGGUUCUGAUCUAUUCAUCUGGCAGUGUUUGUUGUACUCAGUACGAUGGUACAUGGAAAAGGAUUGUUUCCUUGUUGGAUGGUAUUGCUAAUGCUGCUGCUAUAGAGCUUCGCGAGGUCCAACUUGCAGCAUACCUUGCUGACAAAAGACCAACUGGGAGAUCCUUCUUUAGGAAUGGGUUACCAUCAGUCGUUGCGUUUCCAUCUGGAUGCAAAACUGUGGGCUGUUCAAUUAGGUUUGAAGGACAGCUCUCGGUUGAUGCAGUUACCGAUUGGUUUGCAACAAUUGUGCUCAGAUUGCCUCGCAUACUCUACUACUCAAAGGAGUCAUUGGCACAGAAGUUUAUGGCCAAAAUUAGUCCUCAUAAGGUAAAGGUCAUUUUCUUCUCGAAAACCGGGGAGCGAGCGACUCCAUUCAUACGCCUGGCUGCUUUGAAGUACUGGGACCAUGCCUCUUUUGCGUUUUUACUGUGGAGAGAAGAGGAUUCGUCCUUUUGGUGGAACGCUUUUGAGGUGGAAUCUGCUCCUUCUAUAGUAUUUCUGAAGGACCCUGGAGUCAAACCUGUCGUGCACCAUGGACCAGUCAACAACUCUCAGUUCACGGAUCUGAUGGAACAGAACAAAAAUCAAGAACUUCCUCAAUUGAGGGCUGAGACAUCGAACGAGCUGGGCUGUGAUGCCCGUGGCUAUUCUCGUGCGGGAGCUGAUACCCUUUCUUGGUACUGUGUAGUCCUCGCUGGAAGGCUCAGCCCUGAACUUAACAGCAUGCGUGCAACCAUGCGCAGGGUCCAAGAAAUAAUAUCUCAUGACAACGAAGAUUCCUCUGUACCUGCAACGGUUGCAUCGAAGAGGAAGCGACUCACUUUCACGUGGCUCAAUGGGGAAACCCAGAAAAAAUACUGUUUCUUUUACCUUCAAUCAGAGACAAGCUAUGAAACUUGUGGGCCCAGGAGGGACAUAUCAGAUGUGCCUCGGCUGUUCAUCGUUCGUUACACGAGGAAUUUGACAGAGGAGAAUGAGCCGGUGAGAAGGAAGCCGAAAACCAUGUGGGAUGCAUUAAAUGAUCAGGAGUAUGACCGUGCUUCACAGCUCGUAGCAAGGUACAAUGGCUCCAAUGAGAUUCCUCAGAUUAUCGAGUGGGUAUCGAGCAUAAUCAGAGAUGGUGACUCAAGGGAUCUUCCAUUCUUUAAAACAAAGACUCCUGAACUUGUUCCUGAAGAUAUGGAUCCAAUCAUCUCGAGGGGAGUCGGGAGCGUACUUUCGAAGAGCACGGGACUCAAGCACAAGAUCUACGGUUUCGUGAGGGGACUCCAUGAUCGGUUGGGCGACCCAAGAAUCGGGCCGGUCUUGCUUUUGGGUGCUUUGAUAUCUUUCGGUAGCACAUGGCUUCGAAGGAGUCGAGAGAAGUCACCACCAAGCCAGUCGAACCAAUCAAAUCAAUCCAAUGAACCAACUCAACCAAAGUCAAAGGAAGAAAUCAGGAAGCUACGCAGAAGAAGGGAAAGAAACGAGGAACGUCCUUCUUCGAUCACCGAUGUGGAACCGAAGAACGCUUACCAGGCACCAUUGUCGGAUUCCGAUUCCAACUAGUAGAGGCUUAACUGAUAAGUGAUUGAUAUUUUACGCUAUGUGAAGGUUAUCAAAAGCUGUCUUAUGUCUAAUGGACGGAUUAGUGACUAACCCAUGAUAUUCAGCUGGAUUAUAGUUUCGCCUCAACGUUGACCUUUUCCUUUCGUGAAAGCUUAAGCUUAUCAUCA